GGUGGCGGCAGUGAGGCGGCGGCCGCCCCGGAGGACCGUAGAAGAAGAGGUCAGAGGUGAGAGCUGAACCGCAGCGCUCGACUUGCCGUUUGCCAACAAUGGCAAAGCAUCACCCAGAUCUGAUCUUUUGCAGAAAACAAGCCGGUGUUGCUAUCGGAAGACUCUGUGAAAAAUGUGAUGGAAAGUGUGUGAUCUGUGAUUCGUACGUGAGGCCCUGUACGCUGGUGCGGAUCUGCGACGAGUGCAACUAUGGCUCCUAUCAGGGCCGCUGCGUCAUCUGCGGUGGGCCCGGCGUGUCGGACGCCUACUACUGCAAAGAGUGCACCAUCCAGGAGAAAGACAGAGACGGCUGUCCUAAGAUCGUGAACCUGGGCAGCUCCAAAACAGAUCUGUUUUACGAACGGAAGAAGUACGGCUUCAAGAAGAGGUGAAGACGGGACGGCCCGAGCGGGGCUGCGACUUUUCUUUGCAAUUCUGUGUUUUUACGGAACAUUGUUUUGAUUUAUCAAUAAAGCUCUCUUUUAUAUUGGUU